CCUUUUUUGUCUUCCAGAAUAUUAGAAGUCUUCCUCCUCCUCCUCCUCUCUCUCUCAUCUCCCUCCCUCCUCCUCCAUUCCCUUCCCCCUUAAGGUCAAAAACCCAAAAAUUCUCUUCCCCAUCUAGAGAGAGAAAAAAAUGGGAAAACUGAAACAGUUCAUCAUUCCAAAUUCCACACCAUGAAGCUGCCCCUUCUCCUUUCUCUAUCAUCCCAUAAUUCCUUCGCCAUGGGAAGCGACCAUCACCAGCAGUACCAUCACAAUCACCAUGAGCAAGAAGAGGAAGAAGAAGAAGGAGGUGACUCUUCAAAGUCAAGCCACUACUCCAACAAGAUCUUCCUAAGCGAUGAAGAAGAAGAAGAGGGAGAGGAAGGAGAUGGUGUGGUUGGUGGUGGUGACAACAGCAACAGUACAAGUAGCUCCGUUGAAGAGAUCGGCGGCGACGAAAGCAACAAGGGUGGCGGUGGUGGAUCUGUGAGGAAGUAUAACCGGUCGAAGAUGCCACGGCUCCGGUGGACACCCGAUCUCCAUCUCUGCUUCCUUCAUGCUGUUGAAAGGCUCGGCGGCCAAGACAGAGCAACGCCGAAGUUGGUCCUUCAGUUGAUGAACAUCAAAGGACUCAGCAUAGCUCAUGUCAAAAGCCAUCUUCAGAUGUUCAGAAGCAAGAAGCUUGACGAUCCAAAUCAAGGGCAUCAUCAAGGACUUUUAUUUCAAGGAAGGGAUCAUCAACACCAUGUCUACAAUUACCUAAGCCAGCUCCCUAUGAUUCAAAGCUUCACCCAAAGGCCUCCCUCAACUGGUUUCAGAUACGGAGAUGGCGUUUCUUGGAGAGGGAACCAGAUGUACGGCACAAGCUACAGCUCCUCAUUGCUCAAUAGAGCCAAACAUGGUGGCCUUUAUGGAAACUACAACAGCAGUACUACUACUACUCUCCCUUAUAAUUCUUCCCUCAGAGUCAGAGGGAUACUACCCUCCCAAAUAACCACUCCCAUCAAAACUCACACCAACCACCAAGCUCUCGAGGCAGCCAGCAAUAAGCUCUUGUUCACCAAACCGACAACCAGCACCAUCGACUCCACUAAAACCUUCCACGAAUCCCGGUCGAGCAUCAGCAACGUUAAUGGCGGUCUCAAAAGGAAGCCUACGUGGGAUCCAUCUCGUGGGCAUGAUUCCAACAAGAGCUCCUUAGACUUGGAUCUGUCCCUCACAGUGAAAGCUGCAGCGAAAACGGUUGAGGAUCAUGAUGAUGAUGAUGAUGAUGAGGAUGAAGUUAAGGUAGGUAAGAACAGCCAUCAUGGUACUAUAACUAAUGCUGAUGAUGUUGUUGAUGAGAGCAGCUUGUCUCUUUCUCUGUCCUCGUCUUCGUCCUCGAAGCCGGCGGCGGGUGGAUCGAAGGAGAUGGAGAUGCUAAUGGAGUUUAACAAGUACUACCGUGGUGGACUGUUUAUUAGGAGUCGUGAGGAAGAUUAUGAUAAGUACUGUAGCUAUGGUGGUGUUAAUAAGCGUGCCUGCAGGGUGAUGGCAAGUACUCUAGAUCUGACUUUGUGAAUGAUGAGGACACGAUAGUAGUCAUUCUGAGUGAGAUCUUGAGGUACUUGCUUUUUUCCUUCCCUGGAGCCAGCUGCAUUGAGUUGUUAUUGUUUGUGUGUCACAUCUUGUACCAAGACUACCCAAACAGGAAAGAAGUGAAAAUGAAAGAAGGUAUUUUACAUAAGUUACCAC